AAUUUGUUGAGUUUCGCGAAAAAAAAGUGUAAGACAUGCAGAGUUUAAUUCCAGUAAUAAAUAAACUUCAAGAUGUUUUUAACACCGUUGGCACUGAAACCAUUCAGCUGCCACAAAUUGUGGUUGUGGGUACUCAGAGUUCAGGCAAAAGUUCUGUUAUUGAGAACUUAGUCGGCCGCGAUUUUCUUCCUCGUGGAACUGGAGUCGUUACCCGGCGACCUCUUAUUCUGCAGCUCAUACAUGUUGCCAAGGAUGACAAGGAUGCCAGGAUACAGGAUGGAACAGUCAUACGUGAACCGGAAUGGGCAAAGUUCCUCCACACUAAGAACAAAAUCUACACUGACUUUGACGAAAUACGACAAGAAAUUAUUAAUGAGACGGAAAGAAUGUCUGGCACAAACAAGGGCAUCAGUCCCGACCCGAUCAGUUUGAAGGUGUUUUCUGAGAAUGUUGUCAACCUGACCCUCGUCGACCUGCCCGGGAUCACCAAGGUCCCUAUUGGGGACCAGCCCGCCGACAUUGAGCUCCAGAUCCGGGACCUCUGUUUGAAGUAUAUAUGCAACCCGAACUCUGUGAUUCUGGCCGUCUCUUCAGCUAAUACAGACUUCGCCACGUCUGAAGCCAUGAAGCUGGCCCGGGAAGUCGACCCAGAGGGUUAG